GAACACUGGUUGACACCGGUCAUUCUUGACACAGUCUUGCCUGGUUUUGUUUGUCAUCGACGUGUUUAAAUCAGUUUAAAUCUAUACACUUUACAUGAAGUUCCCUGUGCACGAGUUCACGAUGUCUCAACACGGAGCUGCUCUACAAACGUAUAAUCAGGAGCUUGUCAAAUGUUUAGAAGAGAUGAAGAUAAGGCGAUCAGAACUUCAAGCUCAGAUAGAAUCCCAGGAAGAAGAGAAGAACAAUUUGCAACGCGAAAUUGAGAAGAUGUCGUGUAAACUUACGCAACUGAACGAUAGUUUAGCGAAAAGAAUCACAGUCAGAAACGAAUACGAUAGAACUAUUGCCGACACUGAGGCAGCAUAUGUAAAGAUUCUAGAGAGUUCCCAAUUAUUGCUUAAUAUGAUCAAAAAAGAAGCUGUUAGUCUGGAUCAAACUCUAGGUAAAGCUAAUAUUGAUAAGCAAUACAGAUGA